UAUAAACAAAUAUGGUGGCUAUUGUCAAAGUUUGUCACAUUCAACGAUUUACUCGCUUACGAUGUGUGUGAAGGAAUUGAUAUUACUUAGAAAAAAUACAUCAAAAGUAUUUUAAUUAAAGAUUUUUGCAAGACUUGGAAAACGGCGCGAAAUUUGAAAGAAGAAAAUACAAGAUACUAAUGUUGGCUCGACAAUCCUGGCGUUCACGAAAAACCUUGAACGUGUACAAUCAUCGUAAAGUCAAACAAAGUCUUCGAAGUAUGAUAAAAUCUUGAAAGAAUGGCGGACGAUCCAAAUCGAGACCUUUUGCCUGUAAAGGAGGGAUCUUGCAUCGAUACAUGUCGUAGUGUUAUAGAUCCCAAGGAGCGUCGUUUGGUAUGCAAGCUCGAUCGAUAUCAGUUGGAGGACAAGUAUUUACGGCUACUCGAGGAGGCAAAUAAUUUGAAAAAAUUGUCCAAUUGUCAGGAAGACAAGAUCAAACGGCUGGCUACGAAAUUAAUGAGAGUAGCUGCUAAUCCAAGGGCGUGCGUUUCUUUUGGUUGCGAUGCUAAAACCAAAGCAACGGCUCUCGAGAUCGAAAACUCCAAGUUAAAAAAUAAAUUAUCCGUAUUGAGAAGUCAACUGUUGAGUCAUACAAUGAGCGGUGUAUCACCAACGAGAAGUCGUCGGCCUCACACAAGACCAUCCUCGGGACUCAUAACAUGUCGAAGCGAGAACAGCCGUAUAAGGGCACCAUCCUGUCAGUGUAUUGUUCAAACAAGAAACGAAGAUAAUGAUGUACAGAAUUAUCUCGUUAAAAUCGAGGAAUUAGAAACACAGAAAAAAGAAAUGUCCUGUCGCAUAACGCAGUUAGAGAAGGAACUUGAGACUUAUGUGGUAAAUAAUCAGAGGAAGAAAGUAGUUGAGAACAUCGAGUAUAUAAAGGUCUGGCGGCAAAUGAAACAGUUGAGCGACAAAUUGAUAGCUGCUCAGAAUACGAACGAGUCGUUGAACUUACAAAUCAACGAUCUCAAAAAAAUCCUUGAAGAGACAACAAAAAAUAAUCAAGACAUAACGGUAUCUCUAAUGGCAGAAAAAAAACGGAUAGCCGAGAUCGAUACACAAAUGAUAAAAGCAAAAGAUUCUCAAUUGACGUUACGCGAAAAAGAUGAACAGAUAAGAGAUCUAAUGAAUGAGAUGAAAAUUUUACAGCAACACAAUAACGAAUUAAUAGCAUUGAGUUCUAAAUAUGGUCAAGUUGAAUUAGAGAAUGUUGAAUUGAGAAAACAAUUUUCUCAGCAAUUUACCGAUCAGCAAACCCUGAAAGUGGCGUUUAAUACUGAACAAGCUAAUAUUGCUGCCCUAAAAACGGCUAACGAACAAUUGUUAAAUAAGGUUCAAUAUUUACAGAAAAAUAUGGACACCUUAAUGAUCCAAUUAGCGACCAUUCAAAAUGAUAAUAAAAAACACGAAUCAAGUAGCAAAGCAGAAUCGCCUGACUCUUAUAUUAAAGUUAAGACUACGCAUACGAAAGAAUUAUCUUCUUCUCCCAAAAAUAUGAUAUCAUCAACAGAUAGAUGUAAAAAAUGUUGCGAAGCAUUUGAGAAGAUUUUACAGCUUGAAAAAGGUGUAAAUACGAUACGACAAGGUUUGACAUGUUUAGAUAAAUGCGUACAAACGGAAGUCGUAUGUAGUAGGACUUCUGUCAAGACGAAAGAAGCAAGUACUUCAAUGAUUAAUUCUACGGAUGAACGAUCCACGACGAAGGAACAAGUAGUGGAAAAACAUCAGGAGAUUGAUCAAGAAAUAUCAGAAGAGAAGAAUCCUUUGUCACGCGAAAAGAUGUUAAAAUUAUUGGACCAAGCGCAGAUCAGUACGCCAUUGAAGGCAGGAAGAAUUGGUCAAUUGGAUUCAGUUUCAUCUGUUGUCGAUUGCGAAGUCAUGCAAGAUUUUAGCCAAAGACACAGGCAAGUGGUCACCCUCGAAAAGCUGCUCUUUGGUGAUUCUAACUGCGACCCAUCAAGUCGCUGUGCCUUAUUCUUCCAAUCGAGAGACGCGGAUGUGGCAGAUCAUGUGCAAAAAAAAGAUUUAACAAAUUUACUCGCAAUACUUGGCGACAUACUUCGCGAAGAACGUAAUAUUUUGUUUCAAAAUCCACAAUUAUGCGACGAAAAGCAAUUUACAAAAGAUGUACAAACGGAUAUUAAUAAUAACAAUGCAAUUAACUGGCCCGUUGAUGUAGGAAUACAAUUUGACACACAUUUGAUUGUCAAGGAUUCGCGAUGCGAAGAUAGCAAUGAUUCAUCUUCACGGAGUAUGAAAAAUUGUAGCAUCAAAAGAUCUUGUAAUCAAGAUAAAUCGCAAUAUCGUUGUUGUUCGAAAGUAAAAAAUUAUGAAACAGGAAAUCAAGUUACGAGAUUCACAGAAACCGGCGACGACAAUUUGAAAAAUCCGAAUGUUAAAUGUUCAUCUACUUCACCGAUCAAAAUAAGUGACAAUAAAUAUGCAAGAAAAGCCGUUGACACAGCUUUUUCGGAACGUUAUGUCGAUGAUACUAAGAAUUGUUUCGAAUCCUGGAAGAUGAAUGUAUCAACGCAAAAAGGCGAAGCUUUUGCUAACGAUCAUCAAGACGUACAAAGUUAUGUCGAACAUUUGGAAAAAUGUAAAGAGUUUCUGGAAGAAUGUAAUUUGAAAAAUACAAGCAAAAAUAGUUUUCCAAUUGAACAGGUUAAUAAUGUCUUGAGUCAUUUACGAUUUACGGAAGCUAUGAAGUUACCUCCUUUAUGGAACAUGCCUUGUCAAAUGGAGAAUCAAGUAAAGCCGACAAUAAAAAGUGGAGAAAAAUUAUAUUGCGAUGACAAGUGUCCAGACGAAUGUGUCGAAGUAUUACCUUAUUCGACGAAGUCGAUACCUUUUUUGAUUACUAAUGGUCAAGGUCUUAUGGAAAUUCAUGUUAUCUCACUACAGUUAGCUACAUCCGCUGCAGCAAUUCUUUUUCAAGAGGAAAAUCUUUGCAACGUGUCCUUAUUCAUUAGUUGGAACAUUUGGGGUCAAGAGACAGUUCGCACUCCAACAUUGAAAUGCUCGAAGUUAAAUUUCAAUUCCUCCUUCGUUUAUCAUAUACAAGAUUUAUUCGCAUUUUUUAAUUGCGUAUUGUCGGAGUAUGUAAUAUUUCAGGCGAAUGUCGUUGAACAAAAUACAACGACUUACUCCGUUGCUAGAGCUAAAUUGUGUAUCAAAGAUAUACUUGAUUAUCCACAAAAUAAGUUACAUUACAUCGCGCCUAUGAAUAGCGUUAUAGCUUGUACACUUGGAACAAACUUUGGACAAUUAUCGUUAUGGGUGAGAUUGAGCUGUGACGUCGAACAGGUUGAUACAUUUAAAAAACAGUGCGGUUUGCUUCCGCGAAUGGAACAAAUACAAAAGACUUCUUUUCAAGAUGAUCCUUCUAUGAUGCAAGAAGAUAUUGAUCAUUAUCAACAAUUUAAUAAUCACCUUACACGUAUUAACGAAAUAAAAGAAGACAAGAAAAAAAUGAAACAUUUAACAACUCCAGUCAUUGGCCAGAACGACGAUAAAUUGAUUAGCGACAUAAAUAACGAUGGCUCAUCCGAUAGCGAGAUAAUUUAUAAACCAGUAACUACGAUAGAGAAAGAAGAAGAAGAAGAAGAAGAAGAAGAAGAAAGGCAGCAAGCGAAAAAUGCCAAUCGAAAGAAUACAGUGAACACAGAUGAGUUCAAUUCUUUUAUUUCGGGCCCAUUGGAAAGGGAUACGAUUGUAAUCCAGAUAGCAAGUGUAAAUCUAUUUGAAAAUAGUUUAGUAAUGCGCGACGAUGAUGUGCAUUUGCUUUAUGUGGAAUAUUCUUUUCUUGGUUACCGUGGUGCUGAUAUGGAAACGGAAUCAUUACCGAAACCAAAAAUACCUAGAAAACCAUUGAUUUAUAAUUUCAGAAAAACAUUUCCGAUAGACGAGAAAUAUCACGCCAUCGAAAGAAACACAUUGAGAGCCAUGUUAGACGAGUCUAUCAAUCCAAAUAUAAAAUUUAUUUUAGUGAGCGAACCACUCCCUGAAGAAACAGAUACUAAAGAUUGUAUGGAAAUCGGGCACGCAUAUUUUAAUAUAAGGGAAUAUGCUUUGGAAGACAAUAAGCAAAGUAUAACGUUGCCAAUCUCAAAUCCAGCAGAAACUGAAAGAAUAGGCGUAAUAACGAUAUACGUGCUGGGUCUCGAUGCCAUACGUCAAUGUUUGGGCGACGAUAUGUAAAAGUAGACAAGUUUCGAGAUGAUUUAC